CUUUCAACCCCUCGAAUAAAAACUGCAGCCAACUUCCGAGGCGGCCUCAUUGCCCGGCGGACCCCAGCCUGUGACAGGUUCGGCCCGCCCUCGUCGCCCCGUCCUCCGUCGGCCCCCGCCCCGCCGCUCUCUCGGUUCGCUGUGACACCAUGGACAAGUUGUGGUGGCGCGCAGCUUGGGGACUCUGCCUAGUGCAUCUGAGCCUGGCGCAGAUCGAUCUGAAUAUAACCUGCCGCUAUGCAGGUGUAUUCCAUGUGGAGAAAAAUGGUCGCUACAGCAUCUCUCGGACGGAGGCACCUGACCUCUGCAAGGCUUUCAAUAGCACCCUGCCCACGAUGGAGCAGAUGGAGGUAGCCCUGAAACAUGGGUUUGAGACCUGCAGGUACGGGUUCAUAGAAGGGCACGUGGUGAUCCCCCGGAUCCACCCCAACUCCAUUUGUGCAGCAAACAACACAGGGGUGUACAUCCUCACAUCCAACACCUCCCAGUAUGACACGUACUGCUUCAAUGCUUCAGCUCCACUUGAAGAAGACUGCGCAUCCGUCACAGACCUGCCCAAUACCUUUGAAGGACGAGUUACCAUAACUAUUGUCAACCGUGAUGGUACUCGUUACAGCAAGAAAGGAGAAUACAGAACAAACCCUGAAGACCUCAACCCCAGCAACUCUACUGAUGAGGAUGUGAGCAGCGGGGCCUCCAGUGAAAGGAGCACAUCCAGAGAUUACAGCAUCUUCCGCACCCACCUCCCAACUGCACACCCCUCCCCAGACCAAGACAGUUUCUGGGUCCCUGACAACACAGAGAGUCCCUCUACUACCACUUUGAUGAGCAGUAGUGGUACUUCUGAAACAGCAACCAAGAGGCAAGAAACCCAGGAUUGGCUUUCAUGGUGGUUUCAACCAUCAGAGUCCAAGAACUAUCUUCACACAACAACAAAAAUGGCUGGUACGGAUUCAAAUACCAUCUCAGCAGGCUGGGAGCCAAAUGAAGAAAAUGAAGAUGAAAGAGACAAACACGUCAGUUUUUCUGGAUCAGGCAUUGAUGAUGAUGAAGAUUUUAUCUCCAGUACCAUUCCAACCGCACCAGGGAUUUCUGACCACACAAAACAGAACCAGGAUUGGACUCAGCGGAUCCCAAGCCCUUCAAAUCCAGAAGUACUACUUCAGACAACCACAAGGAUGACUGAUGUAGACAGAAGUGGCACCAGUGCUCAUGGAGAAAACUGGACCCAGGAACCACACCCUCCUGUCAUUCACCAUGAGCAUCACGACGAAGAGGAAACCCAGCAUUCUACAAGCACAACCCGUGCAACUCCUACUAGUACAAUGGAAGAAACAGCUACCCAGAAAGAACAGUGGUUUGGGAAUGGAGGGCCUGGGGAGUACCCCCACACGCCAAGAGAAGACUCUCAGUCAACAGCAGGGACAGCUGCCUCAGCCCGCAACAGCCAUCCAAGUCAGAGAAGGACAACACACAGUCAAGAAGAGAGUUCCUGGUCUGAUUUCUUCUACCCAGUCUCACAUCCAAUGGGACGAGGUCACCAAACAGAAAGAAUGGAUACGGACUCCAGUCAUAGUACAACGCUCCAGUCCACUGCAGAUCCAAACGCAGGUUUGGUGGAAGACUUGGACAGGACAGGACCUCUUUCAAUGACAACUCAGCACAGUCGUUCUCAGAGCUUCUCUCCAUCCCAUGGAGGCUUGGAAGAAGAUAAAGACCAUCUAACAACUUCUACUCCAACAUCUAGCAACAGGAAUGGUGGCAGAGGUGGAAAACUUUCUGAAGACUCUACUUUACUAGAAGGUUAUACCCCUCAUUACCCAGACACAAAGGAAAACAGGACCCUCAUGCCAGUGACUCCUGCUAAGACUGGGUCCUUUGGAGUUACCGACGUUACUGUUGCUGAAGAUUCCAACUCUAAUGUUGAUCGUUCCUUAUCAGGAGACCAUAACCAAAAGGACUUCCUUGACCCCAGCAGGGGGUUCCAUCCCACUCGUGGAUCAGAAUCACCCGGACACUCAAGUGGGAGCCAAGAAGGUGGAGCACACACAACCUCUGGCCCUAUCAGGAAACCCCAAAUUCCAGAAUGGCUGAUCAUCUUGGCUUCCCUCUUGGCCUUGGCUUUGAUUCUUGCAGUUUGCAUCGCUGUCAAUAGUCGGAGAAGGUGUGGGCAGAAGAAGAAGCUGGUGAUCAACAGUGGCAAUGGAGCUGUGGACGACAGAAAACCAAGUGGGCUCAACGGAGAAGCCAGCAAGUCCCAGGAAAUGGUGCAUUUGGUGAACAAGGAGUCAUCAGAGACCCCAGACCAGAUUAUGACAGCGGAUGAGACACGGAACCUGCAGAAUGUGGACAUGAAGAUUGGGGUGUAACACCUAUCUUUGAAAAAAAAAAAUUAGAUACGUAACAAUUACAGGGAACUGGGACACUUAAAAAAUGCAAUGUGCUACUGAUUGUUUUACUGAGGUUUUUUUAGCAUAAAAUUUUCUACUCUUUUAUGAUUUUGUGUUUCAUUUUUUUAAAGUCAGUUCCAAUGUAUAAAAACAGCAUUGCUUUCUGAAAUGAGGGCCCAGUUAAUAAUCAGCAAGAAUUUGACUGUUCCAGUUCCUGCCAAGAGGUCUUUCAUCCCCUGGGAUGUGCUAUGGAUCGUUUCUAACAAACGCCACAAAUACAUAUUCCUGAUCCCCAUUCUUCCCCCACCCUACCUCCCAAGUAACGCUCACCAUCUAAGGACAUUCCUCAGGGCUAAGAGGAUUGGUCCCUGGGAGGAAACUCAAAUGGUUCCAUGUUGCCCCUCCAGCAGUCCAAUCCCUGGACAUUGCUUUCCAGAAGAGUAGGGGAUUGGGGGGUACGGGUUACAAAUCCCCUUCUACAGACCCCUGGAAACUUCUCAGAUGCUUCUGGGAGACACCCAAAGGGUGAAUCUAUUUAUCUGUAGUAAGCUAUUUAUCUGUUUUGGAAAUAUUAAACCCUGGAGGUCCUUUGAUCAGUAUGAUUUUUUUAAGUCACUUUGUCAAAAGCAUAAAGGGGUUUAAGCUGAUUCAUAAUAAACAUCUGUACAUCUUC